AUGCCGGAUCUCACCAGUCUCCCACCGGAGAUUCUCUUCAGCAUACUCUCCUACACCGAGCCAAACCUCAAUCCCACCCUCUCCACCUACCCUCUCAACACGCUCGCCGCAACAAACAAACAUCUCAACGCCAUAGUCGAAGAAUACGCGCGCAACCUUCUCAAACGCCAUGCCGACAUCGUCCUACCGAAGAACACGCGCAUCUACACGUGCCGCCGAAAAUGGCUAGGCGAAAUAUGUUACUUCUGCAAGAAGAAGACACAGCGGAAAGCGUGUCUAUACAAGAGCAUCGCGUGUUGCCUGAAAUGCGAUAAGCAAGAAUUCGAGAAGAUGACAAUGACGCAAGCCAUGCAAUCCACCCAACUCUCUAAACUUGACCUGUUCACCCCGUCACCGUUGCACCUCGAUCUUCCUCCUUUGGUAACAGCACCGUACCCCAUCAUGGGCGCCGCAUGUAUCAUGCUCUCCGCCCCCGAUGUCCGCGCCCGCGCCGCGCAAAUACGA